AUGGAUUGCACUCCAGACCAGAAGGUUUGGUAUGGGACUCAUAUGCUAGCAGUCGAGGCGGAAGACUGGUGGCUAGAGACUCGUCAGAGGUUGGAGGCUGACGGUGAGGAAGUUACUUGGGUUGUAUUCCGUAGGGAGUUCUUAAGGAAGUACUUUCCAGAGGAUGUUCGUGGCAAGAAGGAAAUCGAGUUCCUUGAUUUGAGACAAGGGAAUAAGUCGGUUGUUGAGUAUGCUUCUAAAUUUGGAGAGUUGGCUAAAUUCUACCAACAUUAUGAUGGACCAACUGGUGAAUUUUUGAAGUGCGUCAAGUUUGAGAACGGGUUGCGCCCAGAAAUCAAGAAGUCGAUUAUUUACCAAAAGAUUUGUGUCUUUGCCGAUUUGGUUGAUAGUUGUCGAAUCUAUGAGGAAGAUAACAAUGCUCAUUAUCGGGUUAUUAGUGAGAAGCGGGGUGGCAAGAGUCAACAAGGCCGUGUCAAGCCUUAUGAUGCUCCUGCUGGAAAGGGUAAGCAGAAAGCUAUUGAGGACAAGAGAACUAGUGGGGGAGAUGCUCCUACUGGUAUUGUGUGCUUCAAAUGCAGCAAAGCUGGUCAUAAGAGCACGGUGUGUACUGUUGAAGCGAAGAGGUUUUUCCGUUGUGGAAAGUUUGGACAUGAGUCGUUUGAGUGCACGCAUAAGGAGAUGGUUUGUUUCAACUGUGAUGAAGAGGGCCACAUUGGAAGUAAGUGUUAG